ACAUAUCAGAGAUUCAGUGUGCGCGCGCAGUCUCCGAGCCGGCCGGUGUCGCUUCGUUUAAAACGCUCACUAUUGCAUCAUACACCAUACGUACUAAGUUUUACUUAUAAGAAGCCUAUUUCGCGAUACGUCCGAUUCUGAUACGGUGCAUACCUUCAUAUAAAGAGGAAACAUUGUGUUUUAAAUAUUUUAUAAACAAUAAUCUAGGAAGUAGAACGUGGUCAGUGAUAAGUCGUAUUAGCGAAAAGAAAUUUUGAGCAACAAUGUCGGCAGAUAAGGUUUUCCACUCGAGGUCCGAAGGUAUACCUUCCGAAGGUGUGAAGGAUCAGUACGCAGACGGUAAGGCAGCGAGGGCGUGGAACAAAUUCAUCGGAGACAGCCACCAGCGCACGCAGAAUUAUAAAGAUUUCCUGAUAGGACGUUUGCGGAGACACGGCUGCGAGAGAGUUUUGGACACUGCUUGCGGUACCGGAAUAGAUUCUAUGAUGUUGGUCGAAGAGGGAUUCAAAAUGGUGUCCAUAGACGCCUCCGACAAGAUGUUAAAGCACGCACUCAAAGCCAGGUGGGAGAAGAGGAAAAACCAUAAAUAUGACGAGUGGAUAAUAGAAGAAGCAAACUGGGAGACGUUGCCUCGGGACAUACAGUCGUUUCUGCCAGAUUCGCAAUUUGACGCGGUAAUCUGCUUGGGGAACUCAUUCGCCCAUCUACUAGACGAAUACGGCGACCAGAGGAUGCAGAAGAUGUGCCUCAGGAACUUCGCCGAGUGCUUGAAACCUGGUGGUCUUCUGUUCAUUGACCAUAGGAACUACGACGCGAUGAUAGAGCACGGAGCUACGCCUGGACACUCCAUUUAUUAUAAUUGUAAAUAUCCGGUGGACAUCAAAACAUCAGUACUGGUGGUGCGCGGGAAACCAGAGUUAGUUGCACUAGACUACUGUAUAGAUGGCGCUAAUGACGACGACAAUGAAAGGAGCGACUUCCGUCUUUGCUACUACCCGCACAAACUGGAUACAUUCACCAGAAUGUUGGACGAAGCGUUCGACUAUCGCGCCAAGCAUCAGAUCUUCGCCGAUUUCAAACCUAUAGACCAGGUUUCAGUACCAGGAUUUUAUAUACACGUGAUGGAAAAAGAUAGUAUGUAGUCUAUAUAACUAAAUUAUACUUUUACUAAUUUAGAAUUAUAUUAAAGUUGACAAUUAUAAUAGGUAUUUAUUUACUUCUACUGUCUUUUUUUUAUUUUAAAUUAUUAAUAAAAAAAAAGUUGAAACUGUU